AGCUCGUUGCGGCUAAUGAUGGCUUUGGAUAAGCAGAAAAUUUUGAACGAAUUAGGAAAUGUUGUAAAUCAACUACAGAGCGCCGAUUGUGGCUGCAUGGGAAAAUUAUUUUCUAAUUCUAAUCAAUCGAAUCAAAAUGGCUAUCAAAAUAAUCCCAUGAUGAGCCCAGCUCACGAUGGAUGCUGUUGCCAUGGACAUAGUUGUGGGCAUGGCUGUCAUAGCUUUAACACCCCUGGUGCAGGGGAACCCUUCUCUGGUAAUAGACAUUGCAUGGGUCACUGUAAUCCACCCAAACUGUUUGCGGAUACUUACAACUAUUUAAAUCGUAAUCUUAUGCAACCAGUAGUCAAAGAAGUGUAUGAAGAUCUUAAGUCUAUAACACCAGCAAAUACAAUAACGAACAGUCCAAUGGGGGCCCAGAUGGGUUUGUCGCAAGGAAACAACUUAUCCCCUGCUUCAGGGGCAGUAGGAGGCGAGAUGGGAAAUUUCACUCAGAAUCAAAUGCCUGGAGGAGCGAUGGGAAAUUUUGCUCAGAAUCAAAUGCCUGGAGGAGCGAUGGGAAAUUUUGCUCAGAAUCAAAUGCCUGGAGGAGCGAUGGGAAAUCAAAAUGCUAUGUCGAAUCAUGGGCCAAAUGUUCGCUUUGGAAAUCCCAACAUGGACAACCAAAACAACAGUCAGAAUAACCAACAACAAAUGGGGCAAAUGGCUCAACCAAUGGCACCCAUGGGAAUGGGUCCUAAAAUAUUAAAUAUGAUGAUGGGUGAGAAAUCAGGUGGUUCCCAAAACCAAGGUGGCCCACAAGGAGGUGCGAAUGGUAACAGUGCUAUGCAACCACCCGCAAUGGGGAUGACGUCGAACAUGCAUGGUGAUGUUAGUCAAGGUCAAUAUAAUGCAGACAUGACAGGAAACCAUCCAGGACAGUAUAAUAUGGGCAUGAACAACAUGGUACAGGAAAGUCCAGGUGUUCCAAUGCAGAACCCUACUGCGCAGUACAUGUCCCAACCAAACAUGUACACCGGGGCCAAUGCAAAUAUGCAAGGAAACUCUUUUAAUGCAAAUAUGGGUCAAAUGAAUCCAGGUGCACAGCAAAUGCAGGGCAAUGCCAAUCCCAUUCAGCCUCAGAUGAACGCCCAUAAUCCUUAUGGCCAGCAUAGUGCUGGCAUGGCAAAGUUCAACGAGAUGUUCCCUGGUGUAAUGCAAGGGGGAGACUUAGGAUUUGAUCCUAUGGCCAUUGCCAUUCAGAUGAAUCCAGCGAACCAACAAAGGGCUGCUAUGGAUACAAUGCAGAAAAUGAUGAUGAAAAAUACUGAAGCACUAAAUAGAGCCAAUGCGUCAUUAUUACAGCCAGUCAUAAAUGCAACAAAUACAGCAAUGUCAAAUCUAGUUCAACCUAGUCAACCAACCAAUCAACAGGCUAUGGUUCCUACAUCAAUGCAACAGCAGAUACCAGGAACCGACCCUACAGCGGUACCCGUUCAAAAUAAUCAAGUGCCACAACAGCAAGUCUACACAGCUAUGACUGGUUCUCCUACAAUGAACCAACGACAAAUUCUUCAACAAGUGGCCCCACAAUAUCAACAACCUCGACAACAAAUGGUGGAUCCAAAUACAGGAGCGGUCAUAAAUGGCGCUCUCCCUACGGUGUACGAAGGUUCGGUGGAUCCUAACGCCAGGCAAGAAGGAUCACCUCCCCAAGCAACGCAACAAAUGAUUAAAGAGCCUAUAUUUCCCGCUGACACUUCAAGGUCUGCACCACCUGAUCCCAUUAAGGCUCAAAAGUAUUAUCAGUAUAACACUUUGGGUCAGCCCAUAGAGAUGCUGCCAGUAGAUGGUUAUCGCACUGUCAUACCGGACCUCCCGCAGACACUAUCACCUCAAGUGAUUCCAAGUAGUGAUUCGGCUAGAUACAGCAAUGUUAAGGCCACUGUCAGCAAGACUGCUCUAAUGGGAAACAGACCUGUCGGAAGGACACCUAGCAGGAGCCAGUUGCAGCAAAUUUACAAUCAAUACAAAGGUUCUCAAUCGUACACGCAGCAAAACAUUAGACCCCCUGAUAAUAAUGGCGCUUCAUAUUCUGAGGGUAAUCUGAAUGUUACGCAAGCCAAUGCGAUACGUCAAGCGCCUGUUGAAAGAGUUGGUGGUGACACUGUAGCUAAUAACGCUUCGAAUAACGCAGCAUACAAGAUGGAAAUUAAACCUGGUCAAGUUGGCGAUGUUCCAGUCGCUAACAAGCCCCCUGCAGAGCCUGAGAAGGCACCUGUAAAUAACUCAAGAGUUCGGAACGGCUUACAAGACAUGAAGUACACUUCGUAUGCAACAUCAGCUGCUUGGUCUUUUCAUGGAGCAACUCCUGCACCUAGCAGUGUGCCGGCAAUGUAUCGUUUCAGAAACAGAGCCUAGUUUAUUAUCUACCAUUUUUUACGUGAUCAGUUCGUUCGCUAUCAGUUCACAGAACGUGAACGAAAUUGUUGUCAAAAUGUUUUGGUGUUUGGUGGAGUAAAUUGGGUGUAUAGUUGGGUGUUAUAGUGUUAUAUUAUGUAAAAUUAUUUAAAAGAAAAUAAAGUGUAACUAUUUAUGAAAUCAA